AGAUGUCCUUGGCCUUAUAGGGUUAGGGCAGUCGAGGUUAUAAAUCCCAUCUCUGCUAUUGUGCUGAAUCUCAGCAUACUGUCCAUCGGCCCCUGUGUGGUUUUUCGAGGAAUCGCAAACACCUGGAGCCUCCAUCUGCAUCUGCUGUCUGUCAUUAACCUAAUAGGUUAACAAUGGGUGAUGCUGAAAUGGCAGUUUUUGGGGCCGCAGCUCCUUACCUGCGGAAGUCCGACAGGGAGCGUCUUGAGGCGCAAACGAAACUAUUCGACUUAAAGAAGGAAUGCUUUGUGCCGGAUCCAGUGGAGGAGUUUGUUAAAGCCACCAUCACAAGUCGAGAGGGUGACAAAGUCACUGUGGAGACAGAGAGAGGGAAGACUGUUACUGUCAAAGAGAGUGAAAUUAUGCAACAGAAUCCCCCCAAAUUUGAUAAAAUUGAAGACAUGGCGAUGCUGACCUUUCUCAAUGAGCCUGCUGUGCUGUUUAACCUCAAAGAGCGUUAUGCAGCAUGGAUGAUCUAUACGUACUCAGGGCUGUUCUGUGUCACCGUCAACCCUUACAAGUGGCUGCCAGUGUACAAUCAGGAGGUGGUUACAGCCUAUAGAGGGAAGAAGAGGAGUGAAGCUCCUCCUCACAUCUAUUCCAUCUCUGAUAACGCCUACCAGUACAUGCUGGCAGACCGAGAAAACCAGUCUAUUCUUAUCACUGGAGAGUCUGGUGCUGGGAAAACUGUGAAUACUAAAAGAGUCAUUCAGUACUUUGCCAGCAUUGCAGCAAGUGGAGUGAAGAAGGACUUGACUGCUCAGAACAAGGGAACCCUGGAGGAUCAAAUUAUACAGGCUAACCCUGCAUUGGAGGCCUUUGGUAAUGCUAAGACCAUCAGAAAUGACAACUCCUCAAGAUUUGGAAAAUUUAUUCGAAUUCACUUCGAUACAAGGGGGAAACUGGCAUCUGCUGACAUUGAAACAUACCUCCUAGAGAAGUCUCGUGUGACCUUUCAGUUAAAGGCUGAGAGAGACUAUCACAUCUUCUAUCAAAUCUUGUCCAACAAAAAACCUGAGAUCCUUGAGAUGUUACUAGUGACAGCAAACCCCUAUGACUACGCAUUCAUCUCUCAGGGAGAGACCACAGUUCCUUCCAUUGAUGAUGCUGAGGAGUUAAUGGCCACUGAUAGUGCCUUUGAUAUCUUGGGCUUCACACAAGAAGAAAAGAACUCUGUGUACAAACUGACUGGAGCCAUUAUGCACUACGGCAACAUGAAGUUCAAGCAAAAGCAGCGAGAGGAACAAGCAGAAUCUGAUGGAACUGAAGAUGCUGACAAAGCAGCAUAUCUAAUGGGUCUAAAUUCUGCUGACCUCAUUAAGGGUCUUUGCCAUCCAAGGGUCAAAGUUGGAAACGAGUGGGUCACCAAAGGACAAAAUGUCCAGCAAGUGAACUACGCUAUCGGAGCCUUAUCAAAAUCAGUGUAUGAGAAAAUGUUUCUCUGGAUGGUGGUGAGAAUCAACCAGUCUCUGGAGACCAGGCAGCCUCGCCAGUACUUCAUUGGAGUGUUGGAUAUUGCUGGCUUUGAGAUCUUUGAUUUCAACACCUUUGAGCAACUCUGCAUCAACUUUACAAAUGAGAAACUGCAACAGUUUUUCAACCACCACAUGUUUGUGCUGGAACAAGAGGAGUAUAAGAAAGAAGGGAUCGAAUGGGAGUUCAUUGACUUUGGCAUGGACUUACAGGCCUGCAUCGAUCUCAUUGAGAAACCUAUGGGCAUCAUGUCGAUCCUUGAAGAGGAAUGCAUGUUUCCCAAAGCCAGUGAUACAACCUUUAAAGCAAAGCUUUAUGACAACCACCUUGGGAAAUCAAACAACUUCCAGAAACCCAGGAUUGUGAAGGGCAAGCCAGAGUCUCACUUUGCCCUGGUUCACUAUGCUGGUAUAGUGGAUUACAACAUCAACAACUGGCUGGUAAAGAAUAAGGACCCCCUCAAUGAAACCGUGGUUGGACUGUACCAGAAAUCUUCACUGAAGUUGUUGGCUUUAUUGUUUGCCAACUAUUGUGUAGAUUCAGCUGACAGUGCAAGUGGAAAAAAAGAAAAGAAGAAGAAAGGGUCAUCUUUCCAGACAGUGUCUGCACUUCACAGGGAGAAUCUUAACAAGCUAAUGACAAACCUGAGAUCAACACAUCCUCACUUUGUACGGUGCAUCAUCCCCAAUGAGACAAAGACUCCUGGUGCGAUGGAGAACCCUUUGGUCAUGCACCAACUGCGCUGUAACGGUGUACUAGAAGGCAUUAGGAUCUGCAGGAAGGGCUUCCCCAACAGAAUCCUGUAUGGGGACUUUAAACAGAGAUAUCGCAUCUUAAACCCUGCAGCUAUCCCUGAGGGACAGUUCAUAGACAGCAAGAAAGGAGCAGAGAAACUGCUGGGUUCUCUGGAGAUCGACCACCAGCAGUACAGGUUUGGGCACACUAAGGUAUUUUUUAAGGCUGGUCUUCUUGGCCAACUGGAGGAGAUGAGAGAUGAGCGUCUAUCAAAGAUAAUCACUUCAAUUCAAGCAAGGUCUCGUGGUCUUCUCUCAAGGGCUGAGUACCAAAAGAUGGUAGAACGCAGGGAUGCCUUGCUUGUGAUUCAGUGGAAUGUACGUGCAUUCAUGAGUGUCAAGAAUUGGCCCUGGAUGAAACUCUUCUUUAAAAUUAAACCAUUACUGAGAUCUGCUGAAGCAGAGAAGGAAAUGGCCAAUAUGAAAGAGGAGUUCUUGAAGCUCAAGGAAGCUUAUGCAAAGUCUGAAGCUCGUAGAAAAGAACUUGAGGAAAAAAUGGUGACUCUUCUUCAAGAAAAGAAUGACCUUCAACUUCAAGUGCAGGCGGAACAAGACAAUCUCUGUGAUGCUGAAGAGCGGUGUGAAGGUCUGAUCAAAAAUAAGAUUCAGAUGGAGGCUAAAACCAAAGAGCUCACAGAGCGGCUUGAGGAUGAGGAGGAGAUGAACGCAGAGCUGACAGCCAAGAAGAGAAAGCUGGAGGAUGAAUGCUCUGAGCUGAAGAAAGAUAUUGAUGAUCUGGAGCUGACUCUGGCUAAAGUGGAGAAAGAGAAGCAUGCUACUGAGAACAAGGUGAAGAACCUGACAGAAGAAAUGGCAGCUUUAGAUGAUAUCAUUGCCAAGCUGACAAAAGAGAAAAAAGCCCUUCAGGAAGCUCAUCAGCAGACACUGGAUGACCUGCAAAGUGAGGAGGACAAAGUCAACACCCUCACUAAGGCAAAAGUAAAGCUAGAGCAGCAGGUGGAUGAUCUUGAAGGAUCUCUAGAGCAAGAAAAGAAAAUCCGAAUGGAUCUAGAAAGAGCUAAAAGAAAACUUGAAGGAGAUUUGAAGUUAACCCAGGAGAGUAUAAUGGACCUGGAGAAUGACAAGCAGCAACUGGAAGAACGACUGAAGAAAAAAGACUUUGAAAUCAGUCAGCUCAACAGUAAAAUUGAUGAUGACCAAAACAUAAUUAUCCAACUACAAAAGAAAAUCAAGGAGCUGCAGGCUCGAGUUGAGGAGUUGGAGGAAGAGCUUGAGGCAGAAAGAGCUGCCAGAGCCAAGGUGGAGAAACAGAGAGCAGAUUUAGCCAGAGAGCUGGAAGAGAUCAGUGAGAGACUGGAGGAGGCUGGAGGAUCUACAGCUGCUCAGAUUGAGAUGAAUAAGAAACGAGAGGCAGAGUUUCAGAAACUUCGCAGAGACCUUGAAGAGGCCACUCUGCAGCAUGAGGCCACUGCCGCCACACUGAGAAAGAAACAAGCUGACAGUGUGGCUGAACUCGGAGAGCAGAUAGACAAUUUGCAGAGAGUCAAGCAAAAACUGGAAAAGGAGAAAAGUGAACUCAAGCUGGAGCUGGAUGAUGUGGUCUCCAGCAUGGAGCAUAUUGUCAAGUCCAAGACUAAUAUGGAGAAAAUGAACAGAACUCUGGAAGAUCAACUGAAUGAAUUCCGUAACAAGUGUGAAGAAACUCAAAGGACCCUCAAUGACUUUACAACCCAGAAGGGAAAGCUUCAGGCAGAAAAUGAUGAAUAUGCGAGACAGAUAGAAGAAAAGGAAUCAUUAAUCUCUCAGCUGACAAGGGGUAAGAACUCCUUUAGUCAACAACUGGAGGACUUGAAAAGGCAGUUAGAUGAAGAAAUGAAGGCGAAAAAUGCUCUCGCCCAUGCACUGCAAUCAGCCCGGCAUGACACAGAUCUGCUCAGAGAGCAGUAUGAGGAGGAGCAGGAGGCCAAAGCAGAGCUACAGAGAAGCAUGUCUAAGGCUAAUUCUGAGGUGGCUCAGUGGAGAACCAAGUAUGAAACUGAUGCCAUACAGAAGACUGAGGAGCUGGAGGAAGCAAAGAAGAAACUGGCACAGCGUUUGCAGGAGGCUGAGGAGGCCGUGGAGGCAGUAAAUGCUAAAUGCUCUUCCCUUGAAAAGACUAAACACAGACUCCAGAAUGAAAUCGAAGAUUUGAUGGUGGAUGUGGAGAGAUCCAACACUGCUGCUGCAGCUUUAGACAAGAAACAAAGACACUUUGAUAAGGUCUUAUCUGAAUGGAAACAGAAGUAUGAGGAGUCUCAGUGUGAACUGGAGAGCUCUCAGAAGGAGGCAAGAUCUUUGAGCACAGAACUGUUCAAGCUGAAGAACUCCUAUGAGGAAUCGUUGGAUCACCUGGAGACCAUGAAGAGAGAGAACAAGAUUCUGCAAGAGGAGAUCACUGAUCUGACCGAACAGCUUGGCGAGAGUGGGAAGACAAUCCAUGAGUUGGAGAAGGUCCGUAAACAGCUGGAACAAGAAAAAGCAGAGAUACAAGCUGCUCUAGAAGAGGCCGAGGGUUCUCUGGAGCAUGAGGAGGGUAAAAUCCUGAGGGCCCAGCUAGAAUUUAACCAAAUAAAAGCUGACAUUGAGCGCAAGCUGACUGAGAAAGAUGAGGAAUGGGAGCAGUCAAAGAGAAACCAACAGAGGACCAUAGACACCUUGCAAAGUGCUUUGGAGUCUGAAACUCGUAGCAGGAAUGAGGCUCUCAGGAUAAAGAAGAAGAUGGAAGGAGAUCUAAAUGAAAUGGAGAUCCAGCUGAGCCAGGCUAACAGACAGGCAGCUGAGGCUCAAAAACAACUCAAGUCUGUCCAGGCCCAUCUGAAGGACUCCCAGCUUCAGCUUGAUGACUCUCUUCGAGCCAAUGAUGAUCUGAAGGAGAACAUUGCAAUUGUAGAGAGACGCAAUACCUUGCUUCAGGCCGAACUGGAGGAGCUUAGGGCUGUUCUGGAACAAGCAGAGCGGGGACGCAAACUUUCUGAGCAAGAGCUGCUCGAUGUCACUGAGAGAGUACAGCUUCUGCAUUCUCAGAACACCAGUCUCAUAAACCAGAAGAAGAAGCUGGAGGCUGACGCAUGCCAGCUUCAGAGUGAGGUGGAAGAGGCAGUGCAAGAAUGCAGGAAUGCUGAAGAAAAAGCCAAGAAGGCCAUCACUGAUGCUGCCAUGAUGGCUGAGGAACUAAAGAAGGAGCAAGACACAAGUGCUCACCUGGAGCGUAUGAAGAAGAACAUGGAGCAGACCAUUAAAGAUCUGCAGCACCGUCUGGAUGAAGCAGAACAAAUCGCUAUGAAAGGAGGAAAGAAACAAGUUCAGAAACUGGAGGCUAGGGUAAGAGAGCUGGAAGGUGAAGUUGAGGCUGAACAGAAGAGAAGCAGUGAGUCUGUGAAGGGAAUCCGUAAAUAUGAACGCCGCAUCAAGGAGCUUACAUAUCAGACUGAAGAGGACCGUAAAAACAUAGCCCGUCUUCAGGAUUUGGUCGACAAGCUGCAACUAAAAGUCAAAGCUUACAAACGAGUCGCAGAGGAAGCUGAAGAACAGGCAAACAAUCACCUUGGCAAAUUCCGUAAGCUGCAGCAUGAACUAGAUGAGGCAGAGGAAAGGGCUGAUAUUGCUGAAUCUCAAGUGAACAAACUACGUGCCAAAAGUCGUGAUGUGGGGCCAAAGAAAGGAUUUGAUGAAGAACAAACGUACUCAGGGCUGUUCUGUGUCACCGUCAACCCUUACAAGUGGCUGCCAGUGUACAAUCAGGAGGUGGUUAUAGCCUAUAGAGGGAAGAAGAGGAGUGAAGCUCCUCCCCACAUCUUUUCCAUCUCUGAUAACGCCUACCAGUACAUGCUAACAGACAGGGAAAAUCAGUCAAUUCUGAUCACUGGAGAAUCUGGUGCAGGAAAGACUGUAAACACGAAGAGAGUCAUUCAAUAUUUUGCAAGUAUUGCAGCUGGGGGCUCAGCAAAGAAAGAUGGGUCAGAAAAAAAGGGAACCCUGGAGGAUCAAAUCAUCCAGGCUAACCCUGCUUUGGAAGCGUUUGGCAAUGCAAAGACCAUCAGAAAUGACAACUCCUCAAGAUUUGGAAAAUUUAUCCGAAUUCAUUUUGGUGCCAGCGGAAAGCUGGCCUCUGCUGACAUUGAGACAUAUCUUCUGGAAAAGUCAAGGGUCACUUUUCAGCUUAAAGCUGAAAGGGACUAUCACAUUUUCUACCAAAUCCUCUCUCAGCAGAAACCUGAGCUGCUGGAGAUGCUGCUCAUCACCAAUAACCCCUAUGACUACGCUUUCAUCUCCCAAGGCGAAACAACCGUAGCCUCAAUUAAUGAUGGAGAAGAACUACUUGCCACUGAUGAAGCAUUUGAUGUACUAGGCUUCACUCAGGAGGAGAAAAAUGGCAUCUAUAAACUGACUGGAGCCAUUAUGCACUAUGGCAAUAUGAAGUUUAAACAAAAGCAGAGGGAGGAGCAAGCAGAAGCUGAUGGGACUGAAGAUGCAGACAAAGUUGCAUAUCUGAUGGGCCUAAACUCUGCUGACUUAAUCAAGGGUCUGUGCCAUCCAAGAGUGAAAGUAGGAAAUGAGUGGGUCACCAAAGGCCAAAAUGUCCAGCAGGUGUACUAUGCUAUUGGUGCACUGUCCAAGGCAGUGUAUGAAAAGAUGUUCCUUUGGAUGGUUGUAAGGAUCAAUCAGUCUCUGGAUACCAGACAACCUCGCCAGUACUUCAUUGGAGUUCUGGACAUUGCUGGCUUUGAGAUCUUUGAUUUCAACACCUUUGAGCAACUCUGCAUUAACUUUACCAACGAGAAACUGCAACAGUUUUUCAACCACCACAUGUUUGUGCUUGAACAAGAGGAGUAUAAGAAAGAAGGGAUCGAAUGGGAGUUCAUUGACUUUGGCAUGGACUUACAGGCCUGCAUCGAUCUCAUUGAGAAACCUAUGGGCAUCAUGUCAAUCCUUGAAGAGGAAUGCAUGUUUCCCAAAGCCAGUGAUGCAACAUUUAAAGCAAAGCUUUAUGACAACCACCUUGGGAAAUCAAACAACUUUCAGAAACCAAGAGCAAUCAAAGGAAAGCCAGAGUCUCAUUUUUCUCUAAUUCAUUAUGCUGGUACAGUUGACUAUAAUAUUAACAACUGGCUGGUGAAGAACAAAGACCCACUGAAUGAGACUGUUGUUGGUCUCUUUCAAAAGUCUACACUCAAGCUCCUGUCAAUGCUAUUUGCUAAUUAUGCUGGGUCCGAGUCUGAGGGUGGAAAGGGAGGUAAGGGAGGCGGAAGUAAGAAGAAGGGCUCCUCCUUCCAAACUGUGUCUGCGCUUCACAGGGAAAACUUGAAUAAGUUAAUGACAAACCUAAGAUCAACCCACCCUCAUUUUGUGCGCUGCAUCAUUCCUAAUGAGACAAAGACUCCUGGUGCGAUGGAGAACCCUUUGGUAAUGCACCAACUACGCUGUAACGGUGUACUAGAGGGCAUUAGGAUUUGCAGGAAGGGCUUCCCCAACAGAAUCCUGUAUGGGGAUUUCAAACAGAGGUACCGAAUCCUAAAUCCUGCAGCCAUACCCGAAGGACAGUUCAUAGAUAGCAGGAAAGGAGCUGAGAAACUGUUGGGAUCACUGGAUAUUGAUCACAAUCAAUAUAAAUUUGGACACACAAAGGUGUUCUUCAAGGCUGGUUUACUGGGUCAGCUGGAAGAAAUGAGAGAUGACAGACUAUCUCUAAUUAUUACUGGAAUUCAAGCUAGAUCCAGAGGACUCCUUGCAAGGGUUGAGUUCCAGAAGAUAGUUGAAAGAAGGGAUGCCCUACUUGUUAUCCAGUGGAAUGUCCGUGCGUUCAUGGGGGUGAAGAAUUGGCCCUGGAUGAAGCUCUUCUUCAAAAUCAAACCUCUACUCAAAUCAGCAGAAGCAGAAAAAGAGAUGGCAAAUAUGAAAGAUGAAUUUGCCAAGCUCAAAGAGGCUUAUGCUAAAUCAGAAGCACGAAGGAAAGAACUAGAGGAAAAAAUGGUGUCUCUUCUCCAAGAGAAGAAUGAUCUACAGCUUCAAGUCCAAGCGGAGCAAGACAAUCUCUGUGAUGCAGAGGAGCGAUGCGAUCAGCUCAUCAAAAACAAGAUCCAGCUUGAGGCAAAAGCCAAAGAGCUCACAGAGCGGCUUGAGGAUGAGGAGGAGAUGAACGCAGAGCUGACAGCCAAGAAGAGAAAGUUGGAGGAUGAAUGCUCUGAGCUGAAGAAAGAUAUUGAUGAUCUGGAGCUGACUUUGGCUAAAGUGGAGAAAGAGAAGCAUGCUACUGAAAACAAGGUGAAGAACUUGACAGAGGAAAUGGCAGCUUUGGACGACAUCAUCGCAAAGCUAACCAAGGAGAAAAAGGCCUUGCAGGAAGCUCAUCAGCAGACACUGGAUGACCUGCAAAGUGAGGAGGACAAAGUCAACACCCUCACUAAGGCAAAAGCAAAGCUAGAGCAGCAGGUGGACGAUUUGGAAGGAUCUCUUGAGCAAGAAAAGAAGAUCCGUAUGGAUCUAGAAAGAGCCAAGAGGAAACUAGAAGGAGACUUGAAGUUAACCCAGGAAAGCUUAAUGGACCUGGAGAAUGACAAGCAGCAGUUGGAGGAGCGUCUAAAAAAGAAAGACUUUGAGAUCAGUCAGCUCAAUGGGAAAAUUGAGGAUGAACAAACUAUUUGCAUUCAGCUACAGAAAAAACUGAAGGAACUUCAGGCGCGUAUUGAAGAGCUGGAGGAAGAGCUUGAGGCAGAAAGAGCUGCCAGAGCCAAGGUGGAGAAACAGAGAGCAGAUUUAGCCAGAGAGCUGGAAGAGAUCAGUGAGAGACUGGAGGAGGCUGGAGGAGCUACAUCUGUUCAGAUUGAGAUGAAUAAGAAACGGGAAACUGAGUUUCAGAAACUUCGCAGAGACCUUGAAGAGGCCACUCUGCAGCAUGAGGCCACUGCCGCCACACUGAGAAAGAAACAAGCUGACAGUGUGGCAGAUCUGGGAGAGCAAAUAGACAAUCUGCAAAGAGUCAAGCAAAAACUAGAAAAGGAGAAAAGUGAACUCAAGCUGGAGCUGGAUGAUGUGGUCUCAAACAUGGAACAUGUUGUUAAGACAAAGGCAAAUCUUGAGAAGACCUGCCGGUCUUUGGAAGAUCAAAUGAAUGAAUACAGAACAAAAUUUGAGGAGGGUCAGCGCUGUAUCAAUGACUUCACAAUGCAAAAAUCUAAGCUACAAUCUGAAAAUGGUGAACUUUCAAGACAGCUGGAGGAGAAAGACUGUCUUGUCACCCAGCUAACCAGAAGCAAGAUGUCUUACACUCAGCAAAUUGAAGAUCUUAAAAGGCAAUUGGAGGAGGAAACUAAGGCUAAGAAUGCCCUCGCCCAUGCUGUACAGUCAGCCCGGCAUGACACAGAUCUGCUCAGAGAGCAGUAUGAGGAGGAGCAGGAGGCCAAAGCAGAGCUACAGCGCGGCAUGUCGAAAGCUAAUUCUGAGGUGGCUCAGUGGAGAACCAAGUAUGAAACUGAUGCCAUUCAGAGGACCGAGGAGCUGGAGGAAGCCAAGAAGAAACUGGCUCAACGUUUGCAGGAGGCUGAAGAAGCUGUUGAAGCAGUAAAUGCAAAAUGUUCUUCUCUUGAAAAGACCAAACACAGACUCCAGAAUGAGAUUGAAGAUCUUAUGGUGGACCUGGAGAGGUCUAAUGCAGCUGCAGCAGCCUUGGACAAGAAGCAAAGAAACUUUGAUAAGGUCCUGGCUGAGUGGAAGCAGAAGUACGAAGAGUCACAGGCUGAGCUAGAGAGCUCUCAAAAGGAAGCCAGAUGCCUGAGUACUGAACUUUUUAAGCUGAAGAACUCCUAUGAAGAAGCUUUGGAUCACCUGGAGACCAUGAAGAGAGAAAAUAAAAAUCUACAAGAGGAGAUUUCUGAUCUCACUGAGCAACUUGGUGAAGGAGGAAAGAGCAUUCAUGAGCUGGAGAAAAUGAGAAAACAGCUGGAGCAAGAAAAAAGUGAGAUUCAGUCUGCUCUGGAAGAAGCAGAGGCCUCAUUGGAGCACGAGGAAGGUAAGAUUCUGCGAGCUCAGCUAGAGUUCAACCAAAUUAAGGCUGAUAUUGAGCGCAAACUAGCUGAGAAGGAUGAAGAGAUGGAGCAGAGCAAACGCAAUUUGCAGAGGACCAUCGACACUCUGCAGAGCUCCUUGGAGUCAGAAACACGAAGCAGGAAUGAGGCCCUCAGAAUCAAAAAGAAGAUGGAAGGGGAUCUGAAUGAGAUGGAGAUCCAGCUUAGCCAGGCAAACCGACAAGCAGCAGAGGCUCAAAAACAACUCAAGAGUGUCCAAGCACAUCUGAAAGAUGCUCAACUUCAGCUGGAUGACUCUCUGAGAACAAAUGAUGAUCUCAAGGAGAACAUUGCGAUCUUAGAGAGACGCAACAACCUUCUGCAAGCUGAACUGGAGGAGCUCAGAGCAGCUCUUGAGCAAACUGAGAGAGGCCGUAAGCUUGCUGAGCAAGAGCUACUGGAUACCAGUGAAAGAGUGCAGCUACUGCACUCCCAGAAUACAAGCCUCUUGAAUCAGAAGAAGAAGCUUGAGGUUGACACAUCCCAGCUUCAAACAGAAGUGGAAGAGGCAGUGCAAGAAUGCAGGAAUGCUGAAGAAAAAGCCAAGAAGGCCAUCACUGAUGCUGCCAUGAUGGCUGAGGAACUGAAGAAGGAGCAAGACACAAGUGCUCACCUGGAGCGUAUGAAGAAGAACAUGGAGCAGACCAUUAAAGAUCUGCAGCACCGUCUGGAUGAAGCAGAACAAAUUGCUAUGAAGGGAGGCAAGAAACAAGUUCAGAAACUUGAAGCUCGGGUGAGGGAGUUGGAGAAUGAAGUAGAAUCAGAACAGAAGAAGAGCAGCGAGGCAGUGAAAGGAAUUCGCAAAUAUGAGAGACGUAUUAAAGAACUGACCUACCAGACUGAGGAGGACCGCAAGAAUCUGGCUCGUCUGCAAGAUCUAGUUGACAAGCUUCAGCUAAAAGUCAAAGCUUACAAGAGGGCUGCAGAGGAAGCUGAGGAACAAGCCAACACAAAUCUUAGCAAGUUCCGGAAAAUCCAGCAUGAACUUGAUGAAGCAGAAGAAAGAGCUGACAUUGCAGAGUCACAAGUCAAUAAACUGCGUGCCAAAAGUCGUGAUGUUGGUUCUAAGAAGGGACAUGAUGAAGAGUAAAGCUCAAAUGGACCUUCUGCGUGUCUCCUAUAUGUUGAAUUAGUUAUCCACUCAGUCCAGCUCUUUUUUUAGUCACACAGUAGAAUAAAGUUGAAUUGCAUUA